AUGACCAUUAUUUCGGUUACAUUAAUUCUUCCACCCAUAAUAAAUUACGAAUUAAACAAAAGAGAAAUUUCACAUCGCUGGACAAUAAAGACAAGUUUCUGGUUUCUAUUUUCUUCUUUUACUAAUCAAGGAUCUGACAUAAGCUACAUAAAGCGAAUGUUUGCGAGAAUUGCGAUUGGAACUUGUUCAGUAACAAUUUUAAUAUUAACAUUUAGUUACAGCGGAACAUUGACGUCUCACUUGACUGCCCCAGGUGAAGAGCCCGUGCCUAAAACAUUCGCAGAAUUAGUUGAUUAUGUAAAGAAAGGAAAAUUCGCUUGUGGUAUGACUGAUUCCGCUGCUUUUUACGAUCUAAUAAUGAAUUCUGAUAAAGGAUUUGUUAAAGAACUAAAAGAUCAUAUGGUAGCCAACAACAACAUUUUUAGUAUAAUAAAUUUCGUACAACGUGCAAAGGAAGGCCGAAUUGCAAUUCUUUCAUAUAGUGGAUUUGUAAAAUCUUUUAGAAGUAGAGACGAUGAUAAAUGGUUAAUUUCUGAGGACUCGAUGACAUUUAUACAAUUUGGAUACCCUAUGAGAAAAGGAUUUCCGUUAAAAAAACAGUUUGAUUACAUGAUUUCUCGAUUGUUUGAAACCGGAUCAAGAAGUCCACGGUUGUCCAAAAAGGGAUAUAUAAAAGCGAAUGUAAAAAAAGAAUUUGAAGCAUUAAAUUUAACAAACUUUUUAGGUGCUUUCUAUCUUCUUGUGUCAGGAUAUUUGGUAGCAAUUAUCUUCUUUACUUUAGAAGUAUUUAUAGGCAAGAGGGCUAAAGCUGUGCCUGAUCAAGAUGAUAACGAUAAAUUAUCAGUCUGUUGCAUUCGUAUACAUAAAUAG